AGAGGACAGAGUGAAGAGUGGAUGGAUAUGUCACCUCUGGAUUAACAACAAACAUGGAGAUUUUUGACUUCAACAUCUCAGCCCUCUACAUCUCUCACAGGUCAACAAAUUUCAGCGGUGAAAAAACCAUCUAUGAGAGCUGCAAAGAUAUGCCAGGAGUUCUCAUCUGGUAUCUCAGUCUGCAGUUCACCAACAUGUUCCUGGGCAUCCCCACAAACCUCAUGGUGCUUUGGCUCAUCCACAAGAACAAGGGGGACUCCUCUACCUCAGAUAUCUUCAUAAUUCACCUGGCAGUUCUAGAUGUGCUGUUCUGUCUUAUCCCUCCCCUGGAGCUGGCUUGCAUCGUCUUCAUCAACUGCAGCAGCAUCUGGUACGUCCUGCGCUUCUUCUAUGGCAUAAAAGACUUCUCGCCUCUCUUUCUGUCUUGCAUCUGCCUGGACCGGUACAUGGCUGUGAUCCACCCCAUCACCUUCACCAAGCUCAAGGACCGGCAGCACAGAGCAGCACUGGCUGUUCUGGUUUGGCUUAUCAUCCUGGCCUAUGCUUCGGCUAAAUGCGUGGGCAACAUUGUGCAGUUUGACAAGGUUUUUACCGUGAUGAUCCUCACAGCUUUUGUUUUCAUGGUGUUUUGCAACAUAGCCAUUCUCUGUGCGCUGCGGCGGUCUGGGCCUGGCCGAGAUGAGAUGCAUCCGGUGAAGAAGAGAGCCUUCAAGACGGUUCUGAUAAUCCUGGCCAUUAUUGUCUUUAACUACUUACCUCCUGUCGCACUGUUCCCAUUCAAAGAAUACUUCUCUCCCGAUGUGUUUCAAUGUUAUAUACACUAUGUGGCGUUUGGAUUGAUGGAUUUUAGCAGCACCAUCCAGCCACUGCUCUAUUUAUCCAAGGAAAAGUUGAUAUGGAAACUCAACUGCUGCAAAGCCGAGACAAACAUGACACAAAACAAUUCAGACUCACAGGCGGUUUGGAGUAUAUCGCUGCCAUCACAGAAUGGAAUCAUUGUGAAGAACAUUACAGGACACCAAAAACUUGCAGAACACACAGAGAGCAUGCAUCUCUAGACAGUUUACUUGUGCA